AUAAAACUUUUUUUUGGAUUCUUCUCUCGCCGCCUGCAGCGCACGAAGUGGGUCUCCUGCUGUGUUAUACUCCUUUAUCCGCAGACAGCCCCAGCCAAGCGUGGUUAAUAUGGCUGAUCGCAGGAGAUAAAGUGCGUGUUCAUUCAUUUUAUCGGCGGACGAAGAACUGUGCUUUAACAGGAGAUCGUUUUAGAAAUGAAGUACAUGAGACGGAGACCCUGGAUGUGGAGGAAAGCUUGGGAUAUGCAGAAAUGCUUGUGCCUAUUUUCAAAUGGGAAUUUGGAUUUACUGCAAGACAUGUACACUGAUAAAUCUGUUUAACUACAGUCAAAACCUGGAAAAGGGGCUAAGGAUGAGGUCCUGUGCCAAAUCAAUGCUUCCGUCUCAGUGGCUGUUCCUGGCAUAUGUGUUAAUGGUGUGCUGUAAAUUGUUGUCCGCGACUAGCCACCAUCCCCGGGGGCACCCAGGCCACCACCAAGUUAAGCAAGGGACGUGCGAAGUGGUGGCAGUGCAUCGGUGCUGCAACAAGAACAGGAUUGAAGAGCGGUCGCAGACGGUCAAGUGCUCCUGCUUCCCAGGUCAGGUGGCUGGCACAACAAGAGCGCAGCCCUCCUGCGUUGAAGCUGCCAUUGUCAUCCAGAAGUGGUGGUGUCAUAUGAACCCUUGCCUGGAUGGAGAAGACUGUAAAGUGCUUCCAGAUUACUCAGGUUGGUCAUGCAGCAGUGGAAACAAAGUCAAAACUACCAAGGUGACACGGUAGCAAAAUGUAAACACGUGCCAAAGUUGGACCGAUGGGAUUUACGGCUGCAUUGCCCAGAGACGUUCAUUUUGUGGGAAAAAAAGCAUCAAGUCUGGACUGCCAACUUUUCAAAACAGCUGGCACAAACUUGAGCAGUGCUCCUUUUUAACAAGGAGACCACACUUCUCAGUCUAUGACUUUCUUACAAAGAGUGGAAUACAUUUUAAAGACGGAAACUCCGAGUCUAACCCUUUCAUGCUCAAGAUGAACAUCUGUAACCAGAACUCCUUCCAAAGUGCAACAGAGAUCUCCAGGACUUUUAUUCAUGACUUUGUAAAUCCUGAAACCUUGAU